AUGUUGUCUUGUCUCUUCUCCAAAAAUUGGCUCUCUAUCCACGUUGGUGGUGCCCAUCUCGGAAUUCAACAUCGGUGGAUUUGUACAAAGGGACCAGCCAGCAGCAACAGCUCCGGUGAUUCUACAGUCUCUUACCUGGUUCACUCAUGCGGGCUGUCUCAAGAAGCCGCCAUUGUAGCAGCCCGCAAGGUAAACCUUCAUUCUUUACCAAAAGCAGAGACUGUUUUAUCCCUUUUGAGAGAGUAUAAAUUCUCAGAUACCCAGAUCUCAGCUCUUGUACGGAAACACCCAAAACUUGUCAUAGCUGAUGCCCAGAACACCCUUUUGCCAAAGUUCGAGUUUUUGACCUCCAUAGGAAUCUCAAGGCUCGACCUUGCAACAGUACUGACAUACAACCCAAGACUUCUCGACCGAAGCUUGCAAGACAACAUUAUACCCUGUUAUACCUUCCUCAAAGACCUGGUGCUCUCUGAUUCGAAGGUCGUCACUAUUUGGAAGAACAACUCCUGGGUUUUCCUUGAAAACCUAUCAAAACAUGUGAUACCCAAUGUUGCGUUUGUGAGAGAAUUGAGCAUGCCCCAGUCCUGUCUUGCCUAUUUGGUAACAUAUAAGGGUCGUAUUCUUCUGAAAGAUCCUGAAUUGUUCAGUCAACUUGUGGUUGAAGUCCAGCAAUUAGGAUUCGACCCUCAGAUGGCCAACUUUGUGCAUGCCAUGGCCGCAUUAUAUGCAAAAGAGACAUGGAAGCGAUGCCAGGAGGCGUAUAGGAGUUGGGGUUGGUCGGAUGAUGAUAUUCGUUCUGCCUUCAGGUCGUGUCCAAUGUGCAUGACUAAGUCUGAGAAGAAAAUAAUGGCAACAAUGGAAUUCUUAGUGAACAAGAUGGGAUUGCAAUCAGGUGAUAUUGCAAAGUAUCCAUAUAUAUUUGGUUACAGCUUGGAGAAGAGAAUCAUCCCUAGGGGUUCAGUUGUCAAAGUUUUGUUGCUGAAAGGAUUCAUAGAAGAAAAGGAGCUGAGUUUAGCUACUCUAUGUUCGAUAUCAGAAGAGCGCUUCUUGUAUAGGUUUGUCACCAGAUAUCUUGACCACGUUCCCCAAUUGUCGGAUGUGUACCAAGGAAAAGUGGAUAUAUGCGAGUGA